AUUACUGGUUUUAUGGUGCUGCACCCACAGCAGUGGGUACUUAGUGUAGAGAGCAGAAACCAGGGAGCCAUAUUUAACAAACUGCAACAGCCGCAUGAUGAGUGCUGCUCAGAGUCCAACAACACUGGAGUCCAAACUGGAGGCCCUGGAGUGCCACUUCACCUGGGAUCUGGAUCCAAGCAGGUCUAAACUUCUCCGCCUCAGGGACAAGCUGGAGGACAUCGGCACUGAGGAGGGAUACAGCUGGCUGGGUCACAUUUACAACCUGCAGGGGUUCAUCCACUACCAACUGGGGCUCAGCAAUGAUGCCCAGCGUUUCUUCAGUAGGGCUGCAGAGGCCUUCCGCCAGAUCAGGAACACGGUCUCAGAUGAGGGUCCCUGGUUGGUGGUGAACCAUGGGAACCUGGCUUGGCUGCACUACUACAGAGGUGAACACGCAGAGAGUCAAGCUUACCUGUCAAAGGUCGACGCCCUGAUGAAUGAAUACCCAUCUCCAUCCCAGGAAGAACUCCAUCCAGAGAUCUGUGCUGAAAAAGCCUGGACCCUGAUGAAGUUCACAGACAAAAAGCUGCUGGCUUCAAAUUACUUUCAGAGAGCCAUCAGGAUGCAACCGGAUUUGGUGGAGUGGCACACCAGUCAUGUUAUUGGGUUAGAAAACGCUCUUCGGCACAGCGACAAAAAGCUGGGGACUGACAUCUUGGAGAAAAUGAAAAUCGCAAAGGAACAUGAUCCAGAGAACAUGUACCUUGCUGCUUUGUACCUUGAGCAAUGUGCUAAAAAAAGGAAAAAAAUUGAAAAUGAUGCUCGUGAGUUGGCCAGAAGGGUUUUAAGAAAGCCCAUCAGCAGCUACAGUGGCCUCAAACCACUACUGAGGCUCUACAGAAUCCACAUAUCUAGUGAUGAGGCCAUUGACUUGGCAGAGGAGAUUCUGGGAAGACAUCCAGAUGAUGAGCGUUAUCUGAAGAGGUGCAAGGUUAAAAGUCCCAAGGUUGCUGCAAUCUGUUACAAGAAGAAGAUCUUCUUACACAGGAACAGUCCCCUGGAGCACAGCAUGAUCAACAGAGCGAUCAGUCUCUAUCGUGAAGUGAUCUCUCUUUACCCUCUUUCUUCACUCAAGAGAAAAAUAUCUCUCGCAAACAUAUACGCACACUCCAACCAACAAGAUAAAGCCGACCAGAUAUACAAGGAACUGCUGGAAAGUGAUCUGGAUGUUGAAGGGGAGCAGAUACUUUACAACCAGUAUGCUAAAUAUUUGCACUCCAUUCGAAAGGAGAGCUACAAGUCAAUAGAAUAUCACAUGAGGGCAGCAGCUAUACCGCAACAAUCUUCCUAUCAUAGAAACAGCAUAUGGACUACUCUGGAGAGGAUUAGAGAAAGAAACAGGAAUCGAAUGUGUGGGGAGAUAGAGGAGUUUCUGAAUGAGCUAAGCCUGAAAUAAAGAGGGAACAUUUACUGCACUGUCCAACAGAGUCUAAAUCCAGAGAAAUAAUU